AUGUCAGCAACUAUUUUGAUGGCUGUUUCUCUCCAUGAAGUCCUCAUCCUCAGAGAAACAAAAGUUAUCUGGAACUGGGAUAUAGAAUGGGGUUGGGGUUUCCAAUACUGGAAGCUCAAGCCUGCGCGCCACCAUCGCCGUUGUACUGGGGCCGCUCUCCGCCGCUGCGCGGUGACUGCAACCGCCCGGGCCGGCCCUCGAGACCUCCUGCAUUCCGCCCCAACCCCCGGCCCCGCCACGGCUAUCCAGUCAGUUUACUGCUAUUCCCAUGGGUCACAUGAGACAGAUGUGGAGUUUGAUGCUCGCAGGGUAACAUACUUCAACAAGCCAGAUAUAGAUGCCUGGGAAUUGCGUAAAGGGAUGAACACACUUGUUAGCUAUGAUCUGGUUCCAGAGCCCAAAAUCAUUGAUGCUGCUUUGCGGGCAUGCAGACGGUUAAACGAUUUUGCUAGUGCAGUUGGCAUCCUAGAGGCUGUUAAGGACAAAGCAGGACCUCAUAAGGAAAUCUACCCCUAUGUCAUCCAGGAACUUAGACCAACUUUAAAUGAACUGAGAAUCUCCACUCCGGAGGAACUGGGCCUUGACAAAGUGUAA